UAAAUUCGUCGGGUGCCAGCAGUUGCCAAGGGCCAUCGUCACUCCUGACCCCUCGACCCCUCCUCUCCUCUCCUCCCUCACUCUCCCUCUUAUCUCCUCCCUCCUCUCCUCCGGGUACAUGCAAGAAUUCGAGGGGGAGAGAGGGAGAGAGCGAGCUUUGAACAUGGGGAGGAGCCCGAGGUGCGACAAGGACGGGCUCAACAAAGGAGCGUGGACGGCCGCGGAGGACCAGAUCCUGAUGGACUACGUCAAGCUCCACGGCGAGGGCAAAUGGAGCCGGCUCUCCAGGGAAACCGGUCUAAGAAGAUGCGGCAAGAGCUGCAGGCUGCGUUGGAUGAAUUACCUGAGGCCCGACAUCAAGAGAGGGAACAUCUCGCCCGACGAAGAAGAACUAAUCAUCCGGCUUCACAAGCUAUUGGGCAACAGGUGGUCGUUGAUUGCUGGAAGGCUUCCGGGGCGUACGGACAAUGAGAUAAAGAACUAUUGGAACACCAACUUGGCCAAGAAGCCCGAAGCAUUGAGGUCGAUCCAAUUCCACCAUUUGCACAGAGAGCCGAUGGUCGAACCUCCCGGAACGUCGCAGCAAGAGCUGGAACAGCAGAGGGUGCCGGAAAGCAACAUUCGUGGAGUUGCCAAUCCAGAGCCACAAGUUGCUCAACAGAAUGCUGCUAAUGGGGAAAUGCGAUCAUCCCCAGAUGGCAAUUACUUGCUGAAGCAAAUGCUUUCAGACUCGGAUAUGAGCGACGGGUCGUUGUCAUUCAACUCGGAGGAGGAAUCGCCGGACUUCAUGAUCGAUUUCAACGUGGACGACAUUAGCCAGUUCCUCGACUCGGAUUUCUACAAGCUCGGUCCGGACCAAAACGGCUAUUCCCAUGACGGGGAGCGAGGCAGCAAGUGCCCGCCCUAUUUGAACCAGCAACUCGUGCCGCCGGAGGAAGCCGGGAAGGAUCUGGACAACAGCCUACGCAUCCGAGAUGAUUCGGUCUCGGCGUUCCAGUCACUGGCGUCGUUAUUCGAAUCCGACGACGAGAAGUGGACGGGGGGCGGUGAUAAGGCCGACUUUGCAUUGCCUGGAAAGAACGGUUGAUUUUGCCUAUAGCGGAGAGAGCUGCGUGUAGUCUUGGAGAAGUUGGUCACGACAAUAAUCAAUCGAUCGUGAUCUUGAAGAUUCAUUUCAUCCCUAGGGUUUAAGAAGUUCCGUGUCACUCUCUUGAGAUAAAAUAAUUCUGUAAUCAUCAUUGCUGCAAUUCUCCCAAACCUUUCCACAAUAACACUGGAUCAGAUCCAUUUCAUGUCUCAAA